AUGUAUCAAAAUUGGCGAGAAGAGGAUUCAAAAGCGGCGAUGACGUCAUCAGGUGGUUAUCCACGAGAUUAUUUUGGGACAGACGCGUUAUGGGAUACUGGAAGUUUUGGAAUGGCACCCACCAGCAGUUCCGGAACUCCAUAUGUUUCUAUACCAGUUCAGUACCCCAAUAACAACGGAUUACUGUACCAGAGCCAGAAUGCCCCAUGGAGUGCUCAAACGAACGAUGGAAUAAUGGAUAAGGACAAUUAUUUCAACGAAAACUUGGAGAAUGUGGUUGAGAAAGAGCGCUGUAACGAAAUGGAAAAUGCGAAUCCAGUUGUCUAUGCCGACGAUGAAAAUACUAAUCUUCUGGAAGAGAAGUCAUUAUUUCCUGCAUACCAAUCCACCAGUGGUUCUGAUAAAUUCUGGUAUUCCAACCCUUAUAAAGCUUGGAAGGAUAAUCCAAUAACUUUCAAGCCAACUGAACCCAUGGGCAAUAAUAUGCAUCAAUUAGAAACGCUAAUACCCAAAAAUAUCGAUACAGAGGAAUUAUGCGAGAAGCUUACUCGAGAGAUUCAUAAUUAUAACAUUUGUUGUCAAAAUUUUGCGAAAAAAGUGUUGAAUAAGCAUCCACGGGUCCUACGUAAAAUGUUGAAAAAUCCGAAACCCUGGAAUGAGCUUCGAACUGGUCGACUGAAUUAUAUUCGGAUUCAUAAUUGGUUAAAUUUGCCGUUGGAGAAGAGACUCGGAAUAUUGGAUAUGGAAUUGAUGGAAUGGAAGACUGGAACUUCUGAAACCGGCAAUGUGGACCCAUUGAAUGCUUCAUUACCAGAUUAUGUCAAAUUGGACACAAACCAACUGACAGAGCUAGUGGCCCAAGAAAUGAAUACCCAUAAGAUUUCAAGUAGAAAAUUCGCGAAAAACCGGCAGCCAAUCCAAGAAAGCCGGAAUGCCAAUGAUGAGUACAACCAUCAACCACUUCAAACCAGCACUAAUAUCGGCUCCAGCGAUGAUCUGGUCAUUCCUGAUUCACUCUUUGACAGCUCCUAUUACGACACCAACGAUUAUCAGUACGAGAAUCAACUACUUCACAGUAGCACCAUUCGUAUGUACAAUCAACAACGGAACUCCGAUACCGAAAACAGCAAUGAUCAGUACAGUAAUCAACCACAUAGCUCUAAUGACCAGCCAAUCGAUCCGUACAGACAAAGAUCAUUCCAAAACGGUGCAGAUUUCAACGUCAACAGUGAGCGACGUCAAUCAUCCCAUUCCGUCGAUUCAGUUUUCAAUAAGAUGGCUCGCAAAAGACAAACCCCACCUGGAAGAAGAUCACCAUCAUUGGAUGACGUGACUUAUUUAGAUAAUUCAUACAGAAAAGGCAAUGAUGAUGAGAGUAGUCAAUCCACUUCAUCCUCAUCCGCUGAUUUCAAAGCCUUCGAAUAUUAUAAAGGACUUCUGGCUGCCCCUCGGAAAAUAAUAGAUGAUGCGUACAGAAGAAGCAGUGGUUUUCAUGCCUCGUCCUCAUCCUCUGACUCCGAAGCAUUCGCAUAUUAUGAAGGACUUUUGGCUGCUCCUCUUGCAAAUGACACUGCGCUCGACACUAAAAUUCUCUGCGAUUCUAUUCUCCAAGAAAUGAAAACUCGAUAUAUCUCACAAUCAAUUUUCGCCACAAGAGUCGCUAAUCGCUCCCAAGGAACGCUUUCCGAGCUUCUGAGAAAACCAAAGCCGUGGGAUAGUCUCAAAUCUGGUCGUGGAACAUACGUCCGCUUUUUCAAUUGGUACCAAUUGCCAGAGAAUCAACGAAUGGAAAUUGUUGAUAAGAAAAUCAAUUGGCCUGUUCCGGAGAAAAAGGAAGUUGCUGGAAGGAGAGCGACUGAAGCUGCGACUGGAGUUCCCGCUAAAAAGAAACCACGCACAGAGUUCCAUCCAGUUCAAAGAAGUGCUCUACAAACCAUCUUCGAGGAGAAUCCAAAGCCAUCAGCUGACGUUAUGGCUCAUAUUGCGCGAAAUCUGAAACUGGACAUAGGCGCCGUUGAAAAUUUCUUUCAAAACACCCGUAAACGGACUAAUGAUCAGGAGAAAUGUAAACGUCAUCCACCAAACGAUUACCAAGAAGAAAAUUAA